AUUUCAGAAUUCGCAAACAGCGGUCGGUAGCAGCUGCAGCCAAAGCAAACAAUUAAUUAGUAUAAAUUACUAUUUAAAGCAGAGCCACAAUACAUCGUAUAUACUAUUUCAAAAUAUAUAAAUAUUUCGAAACAAUACAAAAUUCAAAAUGCUGAACAACACUCAUCAUCAACGGAUCUUCUUGGCCAGCUCUGUGUUGCUGUUGCUAAUCGGCCUGCCAGUUAUCCGCGCCGAUCUCAUGUGCUAUGUCUGCGACGACUGCGAACAGCUGCCCAAGGAUGCCCCCCUGCUGGCCUGCAAUGAGGAGUUCUUCAAUCCCGGCGGCAGCACAGAGGCCUCCACGGUGACCACCACGACGUCAACCGAGGCCAGUACCACUUCCAUGAGCACACAGGAAACCACGACACCCGAGGUGACAACGAUAAGUACCGAAACGAGUCCUCUGACCACUGAAACCACGACCACAACGCCGGUGGAGACCACCACCCCAGAGCCCACCACCGAGAGCAGCCAGAGCACGGAGAGCACUCAGAGCACCGAGGCCCCAGCGCCCACUCCGCCCACCGCUGGACCCGUGCAGACUACCACAGGAGUGCCCACGCCACCAGCUGAGGAUCUGUUCUUUGCCGCGGCCUUGAAUGCCACCCGACUGGUGCCUGUGGAGAGCUCCACCCCCUCGCUGGCCAUCCGCCAGCGACGAGCGGUGGUGGAUACGGAGUUCACCUAUCACUGCUACUCAGUUCAGGUUUCAGUGAACGGCUCUAUGAGCACGGAUCGCGGCUGCUCCCGGGUGAGCACCUACGAGGGCGUCUGCGAUCUCCUGAAGAUCCAAAACAACAACACCGAGUUGGCCAACUGUAAUCCUUGCAGCAUGAAUGCCUGCAAUGGUGGCAAUACCAUCAGGACUUCCAUCCUGGCCACACUCCUGGUGGCCUUUGUGGCCUUUGCCCUGCAGCGCAACUAAGGACCUCAUCUUCAUCCAUCAUCCGGUGCUUAAGAGACACACUCAUCAUUUAAUAUUAUAUUUAUGUAGUUCUAAGACACGCGAAUAUCGAAAUAUAUAAAUACUAAAAAGUACACUUAAAUCUAACCAAAUGUAAAGCUUACGGCGAACACUUAAUAAAUAAUUUGUAAUUAUUAAAAUAAAAUACAAAUAAUAAGGAAAAAAUAUAUUAAAGUUAUUGAAAA